UGAGGUCGGAGGCGUGCCUGCUCGCCGGCGGUUGCGGCUUCCUGUGCUGUACCCUUCACAGGUCGCUCAGGUGUCAGAGGCUGGUGAUGGGCGCGCUGAGGAGAAGGACUGGGAGUAAGCACUGCACCUGGAGUACCCACACUGCCCGGGCUCUGUGUGUGGCAUGAAGGCCUGCUGACUACUGGCACUGAUAAGGUUAACGGUUCGGCUCAGUUGGCUCGGCGUGGCGUCCGUGCGGUGAUAUAUCUGCGCAAUGUCCCUUCUGUUCGCCCGACCAUCACCUAGAAUCUCCACCAAGAAGGAUAAGAGAUUCAUGGCUGACGUCAACGCCUCUCCGCUCAAGCACUUUGUGACCGCCAAGAAGAAGAUCAAUGGCAUCUUCGACCAGCUCGGGGCUUACAUCCAGGAAAGCUACAACUUCUUGGAGGAGACCUACCAGAAUGCAGAGCUGGAUCCAGUGGCUUCAGAAGAGCAAGUGCUGGAAGUCAAGGCCUAUCUCACCAACGUGAAGGGCAUCAGUGAGGUGCUUGCCCGACGUCAUAUGAAGGUGGCCUUCUUUGGCAGGACCAGCAAUGGUAAGAGCACUGUGAUUAAUGCCAUGCUGUGGGACAAAGUCCUGCCUUCUGGAAUCGGCCACACCACCAACUGCUUCCUGCGAGUGGAGGGGUCUGACGGGAAUGAGGCCUACCUACUGACCGACGGGUCAGAGGAGAAGAAGAGUGUUAAGACUGUGAUGCAGCUGGCACAUGCCCUUCAUCAGGAUGAACUUCUGGAUUCUGGUUCCUUGGUCAGCGUCAUGUGGCCUAAUUCCAAGUGCCCCCUGCUGAAGGAUGAUCUUGUGCUGAUGGACAGCCCGGGCAUUGAUGUGACCACUGAGCUGGACAGCUGGAUAGAUAAGUUUUGCCUCGAUGCCGAUGUGUUUGUACUGGUGGCGAAUUCCGAGUCCACCCUCAUGCAGACAGAAAAACAGUUUUUCCACAAGGUCAAUGAACGUCUUUCCCGACCAAACAUCUUCAUCUUGAACAACCGGUGGGAUGCAUCUGCCUCAGAACCGGAGUAUAUGGAUGAGGUGCGUCGUCAGCACAUGGAGCGAUGCACCAGUUUCUUGGUGGACGAGCUCGGAGUCUUGGAUCGCACCCAAGCUGGAGAUCGUAUUUUCUUUGUGUCUGCCAAGGAAGUUCUUAAUGCCAGGAUACAAAAAGCUCAAGGAAUGCCAGAAGGAGGUGGCGCUUUAGCUGAAGGUUUUCAAGUGAGGAUGUUCGAGUUCCAGAACUUUGAGAGAAGAUUUGAGGAAUGCAUCUCUCAAUCAGCUGUAAAGACCAAAUUUGAGCAGCAUACAAUGAGAGCAAAGCACAUAGCAGAGGUUCUGCGUCAGAUCAUGGAGUCUGUACAUGUGGCUGCCCAAGAGCAGAGGGUUUACUGCCUUGAAAAGCGGGAGGAGUUCAGAGAUCGAUUGGAAUUCAUAGAGAAACAACUGGAGCUGCUGACGGAGGAUUACAGGAUGAAAAUCAAGCAGAUCACCGAUGAGGUGGAACGUCAGGUGUCAAACGCCAUGGCCGAGGAGAUCCGCCGCCUCUCUGUGCUGGUAGACGAUUUCCAGAUAGAUUUUCAUCCUUCUUCAGUGGUCCUUAAAGUUUAUAAAAACGAGCUCCAUCGUCACAUAGAGGAGGGAUUGGGCAGGAACCUGUCUGAACGCUGCUCCAACACCAUUUCUGUGUCCCUGCAGGCCACACAGCAGGAGAUGAUCGAGGGGCUCUUGCCUCUUCUGCCAUCAUCCACCCGCUCCCAGAUCGACUUGUUGGUUCCCCGGCAGAGCUUCAGCUUGAGCUAUGACCUGAGCUGUGACAAGCUGUGCGCUGACUUCCAAGAAGACAUUCAGUUUCACUUUUCUCUUGGGUGGACGAUGCUCGUGAACAGGUUUCUAGGACCCAAGAACGGUCGGAGAACUUUGAUGGCCUAUAAUGACCAGAUACCACGUGCAAUGACCCCAGUGAAUCCCAGCAUGCCGCCAAUACAGCAGGGGGCUAUGACCCAGGAAGAACUUAUGGUGUCCAUGGUGACUGGAUUGGCUUCAUUGACGUCCCGAACGUCCAUGGGUAUUUUGGUGGUGGGAGGAGUGGUCUGGAAGGCUGUGGGCUGGCGGCUCAUCGCCUUGUCUUUCGGCCUAUAUGGGCUCUUGUACGUAUAUGAGCGUCUCACUUGGACUACAAAAGCAAAGGAAAGAGCCUUCAAACGUCAGUUUGUGGACUACGCUGCCGAGAAACUGCAGCUAAUUGUGAGCUACACUGGCUCCAACUGCAGUCACCAAGUGCAACAGGAGCUGUCCGGGACAUUUUCCCACUUGUGUCAGCAGGUGGAUGUCACUCGAGAAAACCUAGAGCAGUCGAUAGCAGCACUUAAUAAAAAGAUUGAAAUCCUGGACAGUCUGCAGAGCAAAGCAAAGCUGUUGAGAAAUAAAGCUGGCUGGUUGGACAGCGAACUCAAUAUGUUCACUCAUCAGUACCUGGGGCAGAGCUGAUGUGGUUGCAAUGAAGUGGCUGAAAAUGGGAAUUUCUAUAACUACAUCCACUUUCUAGGUAAUGUCAUGCUUCCCAAAAUCUCCUCUCCUACUGGACUCCGAACGAAUCAUCUGUGGUAACGACCUUCCAAUAAGUAUAGUUUACACUAACUUUCCAGGACUUAUGUACUCUAUGAUCACUGCCAUCUCUGGCCUUGCAAAUUGUACGCAGCUUCACGUCACGCUAUAUUGCCGCAGAGGAUGCUGGGAAGUUAUUGAGGGUCCAGACGAUUCUGAAAAUGCCGCUUUGGCCAAAAGGCUUGAUUAGUGAAACCAAAAGACAAAGGAUGGCAAGUGAUACUGUUCAUAUGACGGACAUCAGUUUUAUGUUGUCCCUGUCUUUUUUCCCUCCUGUAUAAAGUGUGCUGGUUCUGGAGUGAUGUUCGGGCAAUGUUAGCGAUUCUGGUUAAGAAAGUUAAAAAAAAUUGUCAUUUUAGUGGUUCUUCCUGGAUUAUUCCAUUUUUAAUUGGUCUGUCCAAUUAUUUUUUUCUAUUGUAACCAGAUUAUGCUGCACCUACUACUACAAUAUAUUGAUUUAAAGGGGUUUUCCAGUUUUAUGUAAUAUAACUUAAUCAUUGUAUAAUGAAAAGCUCCUUUGUUAUUUUCAAUACAGCUGCUUGCUGUGGGUGAAAGGAAACAUUUCUAUUUACAUCAGGCUGGUGAAAUCCCAUCCUGACCUAAUACUUCUCACCGUGAGACACAGUUCUAUCCAGAAUUUCCUUUGCCACGCAAAAUAUUUGGUUAGGACUGGUUUUCAGCUUCUGGACAGACUAGCAAAGUUCUUGCAAACGGUGAAGACUGCAAAGUUAUUAGAAAUGUGCAUACGUUUUCAUUAUACAAUGAUUAAGGUCAAUUUACAUAACAUCGGCAAUCCUAAAUAGAAGGAUGUAUCCAUUGUGGGCAAACCCUGUUCAACAACUAGGUGAGGGUGGUGGGCUCUGCUGCUGGGACCCCCAGGUCAACAAAGCAGCCACUGAUUACCUUUCUUCUGCAGAGUUGCACUCUUAAAGUGGGGGUGCUCGUUGUGGCAGUCCUUAAAUAAUUAACUAUAAUUACAUGACAUUAUUUAUUUUGUACUGAUCCUGAGUUGCAACCUAUGUUGUAUCCCAGAGCUGCACUCUGCAUUCUGCUGUCUAGUG